AUGGCGGCGUCCCAAUGCAGCCAACAGAACACCUUUAAACACUUUUUGGCGCUAGUUUUAAAUGGGGGAUCAUGUAUCCUCGGGGAUCAAGUAUACCACCUCUCCCCUACUAGUCUGAAUUUCAAUUCUCUAUUGUGGAGGCCCCGGGGCCAGGGGAUGCUCUCCCCUAAAUCCGGCUCUGGCUUCACGCCGGGGUCGUGGGUCCUAUUCCCAGACGGGACAAGGAACCUUUUCGUGUGCUUGCUCAAAGAUCGGAAAAUGAUCUGGCAAGUCGGCUUGGCAUUAUUAGUAUUAUUCUUAGUAUGGAAGUACAUCAUAGACAGCGACCCUUUGGACCAACUGCCGGGACCAACAAGGCUACCUUACAUAGGAAGCGUUUUAACCUUCUUCGGCGUUAAGUACAAUGACCUGUUCCCCCUCAUGCAGAGUUUCCCUAAGAAGUACGGCUAUAGGUACAUGAUCAAGGUGUUCGGCCGGCGGAUUUUGCACGUGUACAAUGUGGAGGAUGUGGAGAUAGUUCUUUCGCACACGAAAAAUAUAUCCAAGAGCAAGCCGUACACUUUCCUACAGCCUUGGCUUGGCACAGGCUUGCUGCUAAGUACAGGUGGCAAAUGGCAUCGGCGCCGGAAGAUCUUGACCCCCACCUUUCACUUCAGCAUACUGAGGAACUUCUCCAAGAUAUUUGAAGAGAAGAGCCGCGAUCUGGUCAAAAGGCUGAAGGAGAUGCCAACGGAGCAAUACCUUGAUGUCUUGGCAGUUAUCAGCGAGUUCACACUUUACACGAUUUGCGAAACAGCGAUGGGAACGCGUUUGGACACGGACAAGUCGAAAGCGGCCGUGGAGUACAAGGAGUCGAUUAAGAUUAUCGGAAAUCAAGUAAUAAUACGCCUGACAAGGUUUUGGCUCCACAUGGACUUCGUGUUUUAUCGCACGUCACUGGGUGGGCAAUUCGUCAAAUGCCUGGAAGUAGUACGCUCCUUCGCCGACAACGUCAUUAAGGAGAGGAGGAAGCAGGUUGCUAAUCCGGGCCGGGGUUUCGAUGACAAGCUCGAUUCGAAAAAACGCCAGGCUUUAUUAGAUUUGCUAUUAGAAGCGGAGAGCAAGGGGGAAAUAGAUGUAGACGGCAUCCGCGAGGAGGUUAAUACGUUUAUGUUCGAGGGCCACGACACGACCGCUAUGGCGUUGGCGUUUGGUUUGAUGCUACUAGCUGAUCACGAGGAAAUUCAGGAGAAAAUUCACGAGGAGUGCAAGGGAAUUUUCGGCGAAUCAGACCGAACGCCCAGCUGGGCAGAUUUGGCCGAGAUGAAAUAUCUGGACGCGACCAUCAAGGAGAUCCUGCGCCUUUACCCCAGCGUGCCUUUCAUCGGGAGAGUGGUGACGGAGGACUUCAUGCUGGGUGACCUGGAGGUAAGGAAAGGCGCCGAACUGUUGGUUCACAUCUACGAGCUGCACAGGCGCCCUGAUCUCUUCCCUGACCCUGAUGAGUUCAGGCCGGAGAGGUUCCUCGGGGGUGUGGCAUUUCUCUAUCUCACCUCUUGUCUCUAUGUUGGUCAAAGGUUCGCAAUGCAAGAGAUGAAGUGCGCUCUCAGUGAGAUCUGUCGCCACUUUAGGCUGUUCCCAAAGUCGAGGGGCGCUAGGCCCGCCCUGAAAGCGGACAUAAUCCUUCGCCCAGUCGACCCGAUGUACGUAAAGUUUGUACCUCGA